AUGUCUCAAGCCAACCCUUCGUUCCCAGGCCGCAACGUAUAUGCCUCGUCGAGUAAACUGCCUGAUCGAACGGCAUUGAAGUCUGGACCCUCGGCUGUUCCGCAACCAUACUCACAGUCGACUUUCGGGCGACGACCAGAGCAGCCCUACCAAUUUGGACAAUCAACAGCGACACAACAGCAGCAUGGCGCGAAUAGGCAAAGUAUGGAGAAGGAAUCGAAUGCGCUGAGCGAACUCAGCGAGGAACAAAGAGACGAGAUCAACGAAGCAUUCUCCUUAUUUGAUCUUGACAGAGACCGCCAUCUAGACUAUCACGAGCUUCGAGUCGCCAUGCGGUCACUUGGAUUCACCCUACCGAAAGCCGAAGUUGCGCAGAUAAUGCAGUCGCACGGCGUACCGAAACCACAGUUUAAAAGGGGUCCGCCCGGCAGGGGACAACAAUCCUAUCAUUCAAGCCAACUUCUCCUGCCCCAGAACGCAUUUCAACGCGUUGCAGCUCAGAAAGUCUUCGAACGCGAUCCGACGGACGAAGUUGAGCGCGCUCUUUUGCUCUUCGACCCCGAUCAAAGGGGCUACAUUGAGGUAGAGGAUAUCCGGAGGGUGUCGCGUGAGCUUGGAGAGACCGGACUCGAGGAAGAGGAGAUACAAGCCAUGGUUGAAGAGUUUGAUUAUGACGGCACCGGCACCGUUGCGAAAGAAGCGUUCUACGCUAUUUGUCUGCAAUAA